CAGAGCGGUUACAAUGGCAUGUUUUGUUUUGACAGUGUCACUUUCUUAUCCUUCUUAUAAGUUUAGAGAGUUUGUAUGUUGUAUUUAAUUGAAUAAUUGUGAGAUCAAAGUAGUAUAAUGUGUGUUUCUAAUCUUAUGUUCAUCAAAAUGGCCAAUGAACACGUGAAUGUAUUAGAUGUUAUAUAUGGAGUUGAAUUCGAUGCCAGUACUUCUAGUACACAAGAUGUUUCAAACUCGGAAUAUGAAGAUGUGUUCAAGGAUAUUGACUUUGAUUGUUCUUCAGAUCUUAGUAGUCUUUCCAAUGAAGAACAGGAUAGUAUAAAACCAAUAGAAGUUCAAGCGCGGAAACAUUUAGUUAUUGGAAAACAUAUUGAAAUAAUUAAUGGACAACAGAAAAAAUACAAGUGUACUAUUUGUAAAUGUCAAUUUUCUUGGAAACAACAGAUAAGAUAUCAUGACUAUUGUGUUACUGGCAAGCGUCCACUGAAAUGUGAAUUGUGCGACAAGAGAUUUGUUAAAAAAUCUCAUUUAGUUUAUCACACACGUACCCACUCAGGUGAAUCUCCCUAUCAAUGUUCUAUUUGUUUAAAAAAGUUUAAGCAGUUGUGCAAAUUGAAACGCCAUGAAAAAAUUCAUAAAGAACCAGGUGAAGGUUAUAAGUUCCAGUGUAGUGUUUGUAAAAAGAACUACAGUAAUCAGGAUUCUCUUAAAAAACAUGAGCUUAAACAUGAAUCAAAAACAUACCAAUGUAAAAAUUGCAAAAAGAAGUAUUUAGAUAACUUUACAUUUAAACAACAUUUGGCUACUCAUGAGGUUCCUAAGUUCAUCUGUGAAGUAUGUGGAAGAAGAUUUCGCAUGAAAAACAGUCUAAACAUCCAUUUGCAGAUGCAUGAAGAUCAUUAUCCUCACCAGUGCUCUGAAUGUAGAAAAACAUUUAGAACUAGAAAAGAGCUUAACCAACACAAGGUUGUUCAUGAUACAAGUAAUCCAGGAUUUGAUUGUUCAUUGUGUUCUGUCAUGUGUGGCAGGAAAGAUAAUCUGCUUAGGCAUGUGCGUAACUGCCAUUUGGACCCAUGUGCUAAAAAGGACCAAAUGACCAAGAAAAUCACUGAACAUUCACAGGACAGUGAUAAGACAGAAGUUCAGAAUUCAAUGGAUUUAAAUGGUGGUGACAGUGUCAAGGAAUCUUCAGAAGGUACUGCUAAUGAGCCAUCAUCCUUGGCUGGUGAAUUUUCACAGACAUCAUCUGAACAAAAUACUGAUUGCACUACAAAAAUUGGUUUAGUGAAUAAAGGUUCUAAUGGGAAAAAGAAAACCCGUUCUGCUGUGCAUAAAAGAUUGUCGAGCAAACAGAAAGGAAAAAAGAAGGAAAGUAGGGAAUUAAAAAGGAUUGGCACUGUUUGUACUGAGACUAUUGCUACUCCAGGUCUUAAUAAUGCAGUAGAAAAAGUUCUUGUAGAGGAUAAACCAGAAAAUUUGAGAGGAGAUAAGACAUCUGUUUUGAUAACACCUUCAUCUAUUGCUGAAGUGCCUGUAGACCUUUCCAAAAACGAAUCUCUUAUCACUGAAAGAAGUCAGAAUAACGAGUUAUCCUUUGCAUCUGCAAAAAGGUCUGUCAUUGUUCACACAAGCUCAUUUCAUAAACCAUUACUUCAUGAAGCAAACUUACAGCGAGAACCAGUUAUUAAAUUUUUCAGGAUACCUCCAGAACCUAAAUCUUUAGCUCCUGAUCCUACUUAGAUAUUGACAUCUUUUGUUAUUAUUAUUAUUAUUUAUUGUCGGUGUAUAUGUCUGUAAAGAAGUAAAUUUACUAUUAGAUAUUUAGUAAUACUCCACAAUACCAGCUUGUGGCCAGUGUUACACCAAAUUUUCUAAAUAUCAAGUGACAAGAGAUGCUGACUGCUAUAGAUAUCUUGAUAAUAAGGUGUUUUUUUUAAUCAGAAAAAAACAUCCUCUCUGGACCCCAGCAGAGUAUAAUAUGAUACUAAUUUCAUCCAUUGUUGAUAGAGAUGGUUUUAGAUUGUUAAAGUGAAAAUAUAAUUAAUGUUAAUGUAAUCUGACCUUCCUUGUAAGUUUCUGUAUCUCUUAAGAUAAAGCAUCUUUCUCUCAUCUGUUGAGAUAAGAACAACUUUUUUUUUUUUCAUUGUUUCACAAUGUACUUUGUUUUUUAUUAUAAUUUUUUGCCCAAGACUUCUGUUGAAGUCCUAUACUGCCAAUAUUGUCAUAUUAUCAAAAUGAGUAUUGAAUAGGAUGUACUUAAUUAAUAGUGCUGUUUUGAAGGACAUUUCUGUUGAAAGAUAUGUUUUUGUAAGGAAUUCGGAAACUUUUCUAAUUGUUAUGUGGAUAAUCAACCAUAAAUUGAAGUUAUGUGCAAAUAAAGCCUUCUUUUCCUUAUACAUUUUUUUUUUCUGGGGAAUUUGCAUAUUUUCCAGCUCUGGUUGAGAAGUCUAUCUUCAAAAUGAUGACACAAUCAUUGGAUUUAAUACAGUGUUAAGGAAGAUAUGCAGAAUGUCUACCAAUCCAGAGAUUCAGUACGGCUGACAAAACUCGAAAAUCAGUUGGGAAUGAAUAGUAAAUUCAAGAAAAUCAUCCUGAAUUCUCAGCUUUAAUAUUAUCAUUCACUUUCAGUUGUGGGCUGGUUAAUUUUGGAAAUUUAAAGAACGAAAGAGAGUUUUGCCAAACAUGAACAGGUGCUGACAAACAGUUCUUUCAGAAAGGCAAUGUAACCAGUUAUCUUCAUCCUGGUCUGUAUUUUUUUUCAUUAUAGCUUUUAUGAAUGAAACAUCAAUUUUAAAUAAUGAACCAUGGCAAUCAACAAAGAAAAAGAAAAUUCACACCCCUCCCUAUAAAUUUAAUUAAAUCUUUCAAGAUAGACAGAAACCAAAGUUCGAUUUAAAAUAUCACCCAUCUGAUGUAGAUUUCUCUGAGACCAGUGGGGAAAUUUUUUUCUGAUUGUCUUAUUUAAACAUGUCACACACACCUGAAUGAUCCUUGGAACUCAACAUUACCAUCUGUCAUUUUGUUUUUUAAUUACAGCAGAUUAGAAAUUUCAUAGAACCAGUUCUCAGCCAUUUAUGAAGAUGGAUGGAAAAAAUAAAGUGUUUUUGAUGAUUAUACCACACAUUAAUUAUUUAAAAUAGACUGAUUUAUAUUAAUGUUUAAAGUAGUAUUUGAAAAAAGAAUAUUUUUAUAAAUGAUCUUAUGUUUAUUAUAAACAUUAAUAAAAAUUAUGAAAAAAAAAGAGAAGGAAAUUUGAAUGAUUAUCUAGAAAAAUUAUUGUGAAUAUAUUUACAGUCUUAAUUUAUUAAUUAAUACUUCACCUGUAACGCUCUUAUGAUAAUAACAAUUAUUCUUAAAAAUGUUUUA